ACAUACGCUCCUCUUUAAACCCCGCCCUCUUUUCCCAUUGGUUAGACAGGAGACUUAACAAGGAAAGAUCACGAGUGAAGCUGACAGUAUUUGUCAUUUCGUGACAGUGAUUCAUAAGGAUUUACUGAAUAAGUCCAACGUGUCACCUUUUCCAGGGAUGGACGAGCUCGGACGUCGAACGUAUCCUCUGCUGGUGUUCGCCAUCUGUUUUGCGUCGGUUCUCGGCCGUCCCCCGAUCUCAUCUCCUCUCCUCACCCAUUUUCCAUUUUUUUCCGUAUGGAACGCGCCGACGGAGCGCUGCAUGUCUCAAUUUGGGGUCGAGCUGGACUUGAGCGUCUUUGACAUCGUUGCCAACCCCGACCAGACCUUUAUGGGCAACAACAUCACUAUUUUCUACUCGAGUAAGUUGGGAGAGUAUCCUUACUAUGGCCUUGGCGGUGAACCGGUGUAUGGAGGUGUUCCUCAGAACGCCAGCCUGAACCAGCACCUUCAGAAGGCCGAUGGCGACCUGCGGACAGACAUCCCAGAUCGUGACUUUCACGGGCUGGCCGUCGUCGACUGGGAAAAGUGGAGGCCCUUGUGGGAACGUAACUGGGACACUAAAGAAGUGUACUGGAAGGGCUCCAGGAAGUUAGCGAAAGCCAAACAUCCUAGCUGGAAUCCGGAACAGAUAGAAAGGGAAGCUGUGCAGGAAUUCGAGAGUGCUUCACAGGCCUUUAUGGAGGAGACUUUAAAACUGGGCCGCAGAGAGCGUCCUGGAGGAUUAUGGGGGUUUUAUGGCUUCCCCGGCUGCUAUAAUUAUCAGUACAAGAAGAACGGCACGUAUACGGGUGAGUGUCCUGCUCUGGAGAUGAAAAGGAAUGAUAAACUAGACUGGCUGUGGAACGUCAGCUCGGCCCUGUACCCUGAUAUCUAUCUGGAUCUGGGGCUCCGGGGCCGUGGUCAGGAUAUAUUGCUGUACAGCCGGCAUCGGAUCCUGGAGGCCAUGAGGGUGAGGGAACACACCUCCCGUCGCCCUCUGCCCGUCUUCCCCUAUGCCAGGAUCGCCUACACUUACUCCAUGGUGUUUCUCUCACAGGAGGACUUGGUGCACACUAUUGGUGAGAGCGUCGCUCUGGGAGCUUCUGGUAUCGUGCUGUGGGGCAAUGGAAACUACUCCAAAACGAAGAAAGACUGUGUAUUGGUUCGGGACUACCUGGACAACACUCUUGGCCGUUACAUCGUGAAUGUGACAGUGGCCGCGUCUCUCUGCAGCCAGACCGUGUGCUCGUCCCGGGGUCGGUGUGUCAGACGAGACCCGAGCGGCACGGCUUACCUGCAUCUGGAUCCAGCAGCAUGGUCCAUCGUUCCCAGAGCAGCGCUGCCUGGGCCCGUGACCACGGGUCCAUCUUAUGUAGCUCACAGGAGGUUGAGGACGGCUGAAGAUGAAACAAGAGGAUUCACAGCCCGUUUUAGGUGCCAGUGUUUCCCAGGCUGGGAAGGAGACCAAUGUCAGAAACCAGUGCCUGUAGAGACUUUUACAUGACAGAAAUUAUACUGCGGUGGUUAAAGCUCAGGGCGGGUCACCUGAAGUUUGCUGGGUUAACAAAUACAACCCAUCACCACUGUGCACUUGACUUUCCAGGGCGACUAUCACUUUACCAAAGUACUUGAUGAAAUGUGUGCUAAAUGACUAUGUGCUUUCAUACUUGCUAGCUAAACUUUAUAAAAUAUGAGUUUAUAAAAAUCAAGGUGAAGUUUACUUCAAAUAUAUGCAAAACCCUGAGAAUAUGCAAAUGAUCUAUUGAUCUAAUUAAUAUAAACCAAAAAUGAUUCAUAAACAGCAUUAAAAAUCAAAUAAAUGAUUUAAAUCUAUAUGGAAUAAACUAUUUUGACAAAUUAUGUCACAUCAA